AACAACAGUUCGCGCUUACCCACCGAACCGCUCACAUCACGACUGCAGCUCGUUACGUGGUCAACGUUAUAUACGUACAAGUACAUAAAACCAGAAAUUAUUCCAAAGGUUCCCAGAACAACAAGAAGCCAGAAAAUGAGUCACAAAAUCGCCGCUGUGUGCCUCCUGAUGAGCUGCCUGAUAGCCUCUGCCUAUAGUGCUGCUAAGGUGCCCAUUGCCGUCUACUACGAGUCCCUGUGUCCGGACAGUGCCAAGUUCAUUACGGAGCAGCUGUACCCGGCGGUCAAGGGAGAGCUGCGCGAUGUGGUGGACCUCACCUUCGUGCCGUUCGGAAAGUCUCAGUUCACCACCCAGGGCGCCGAGGUGACGUUCACGUGCCACCACGGCCCGAACGAGUGCUAUGGCAACAAGGUGCAUGCCUGCGCCAUCGAGCACAUCCAGGCCAACUCCUACCAGGUGGAGUUCACCCGCGAGUCCCUCACCAUCGAUUUCAUCAACUGCCUGAUGAAGGCCGGCAAGAACUUCCCGGACAACGUCUAUCCCGGCCAGCGGUGUGCCUCGGAGAACCACAUCAACAACUGGGAGAACAUCAAGACCUGCGCCAACUCCACCGAGGGCAGCGUCCUCCUGAAGAAGGCCGGCGAGACCACCAACCGCCUCAAGGAAGCCCUGACCAGCGUGCCCACCAUCUUGUUCAACGAGCAAUUCGACAAGAACGUUAACGAGCGCGCCCAGGUGAACUUCGUGGGCACCAUCUGCAAAUACGUAUCCGCCCCGCAGCCCCGCAUCUGCAACGCGCACAACGGAGCCUCCUCCCCCUCCCUGGCCAGCGUAAGCGCCGUCCUUAGCUCCCUGCUGGGUCUUUGGUUCCUUCGCCUCUUCUGCUAAGCCAAGCUAGGCUCAACCCUUAACUGUCUCUGAUUUCCCCAACACACAACUCUUCCAACUCAGCUCAGACCUCUGGCCAAAUCGGGAAUCUCAAUCUCAACAUUUAAUGCUAUGCCUUACUCUUGAAUUUUUUGUUGGUUUGUUUUUAGGCCAACUGAACGCAAGCCGUCCAAUUAUGCAGCUCGAUAUGUGUAUCAGAAAUGAAAUUAGUUUUGCAAGAGCCGAUCUAAAUGUAACAAUUUAAUAAAGUUAAAAUAAAACAUGAAACUUA